AUGCUUUCGUUAAAUGCUUCAUCGCUAAUCGUGCGUUCCACCUCCUCCCAUUUUCUUCAGAUGAUAUCGGACGACGUGAUGACCUUACCACAAUUGCCACCAGGCACCGAACCACUUGUACAUCAAGUUGCUGGACACUUUUACGGACGAUCCAAGACCAAAUUUGGUUUAUUACAACGUUGUUCAAAUGGCAAUGUUCUCAAACCAUUGCUUAACCCACCACGUGGUCCACGUGAACAUAAAUUCUACACUCAUAUAUUCUCUGCAAACGCCUCUUCUGAACUUCGUGCAUUACGACCAUUUCUUCCUCAAUUACUAGGAACAUACGAAUUCGGUGGCAUGACUUAUCUGGAAUUAGAGAAUGCCAUUCGAUCAUACCAAUGUCCCUGUGUUAUUGACAUCAAACUUGGCCGAAUCACUUACGAUCAAGAAGCAACACCGGAGAAAAUCGAACGACAAAUAGCAAAAUUUGAACCAGCUGCUGAAAUUGGCUUUCAAUUACUCGGCUGGAAAUCUUACCAGCAAUCUGAUAACUCGUAUAUUUAUCACGAUAAGAAAUGCUCGCGAUCGUUGACAAAAGAUGAAGUUCUCCAUGGUCUGGCGCAUUUUUUCGGUGCCCCCGAACGUAAUAUUCGUGCAAUAGUCCACAAAGUACUCGAUCGAUUAAAUGACCUUGAACGGAUCAUGGUCAAACAAUUUGAAUUUGUUUUUAUUGCCUCCUCGCUAUUGAUAAUCUACGAGGGAAAAGCGCAAGACAGUGAGACGCACAAAGUCGAAUAUCCAGUUGACUAUGAUUUGGAAGAACAACAGAAGAAGCCGCAUGCUGCAUGCGAUUUACUUCGAUAUGAUUUGAAAAUGUGUUUAUUAGCGAGUGACUGCUGUAAACUCGGACACACACCGAAAGAAUGUUUAUCUAACGAAAAAUUACGAGAAUUUGUUCCAGAAGAAUGUCGACGUUUAUCUUAUACAUUCUUCGAAUGCAAACGAUCAAUGAUCGAUAUGCGUGCACGAUUUCGUGGUCGUAAAGGCGAAAUAUAUUAG